UUUUAGCUUAAUUUUUUUAGCAGACUUUUUGUGUGUAAAUGUCUAUGGAUGUGUAUGAAUAUGUGUAAUUGUGUGCCUUGCACUUCUGAAUACAAAUGCUAUAGUCAUACAUGUCAACAGUUUAAUAAAAUCCAUGAAAAAAUAUAACUUGUAUUACAAAUGAGCAUAAAUGAUAAAUAAUAAAUUGAUGAACUUCUAAAUAAUAAUUCAUCUUAUUUAUCGAGCAUUAUCACAUUCCAUAACAUGCUUUAGUGCACAGAAUGAAAUUGCUGUUAUUAAGCUAUUAUAAAAUGUCAGUGCAGCUGCAAGGCAAUGUAAACUACCAUCAGUCUAAUGUAUCUGCAGUAUCUGAUCAAUAGUACCUAUACCUUUCAAGAGAGAAAUCCUUUUGUGUCAGUCUGGUGACUUUAUCAUUAUAGUGAUUAUUUGUAAAGUAUGAUUAGGCCACGAGCUAUGGUACCUACUUCACUCAACAGGCCUAGCCUGUACUGUUAUGCUUAGCAGGGAAAGUAAGGUCAGGACCAUGUCAGAUGAUAACUGAAUUUUCAGGGUGUGCAUUGUUUGUCACAAAGGUUCUAAGUGUUCACAUGGUUUUGUAAUCAAGACUGGCUGGCUGGCUGACUUAGAGCAUGUGAACUGUAGGCUUUGUAAGCCCAGGUUUCUUAUACCACUGUGCUCCUUAUUAACAGUGGUUGUUAGACUUUGGCACAUUUCAUUUAUCAUCCUGUGUAUUUUUUGUUACCUUGAAGAUUUGUUCAUGACUUGUCAGAUCUGCUGCAUUGUUUUUAUGAUGGUUGUUAACUUUCAUUAAGCUGAUUGAAGUUAAGGUGACAGAAAUCCUUGAUAUUUCCCUUUUAACUGAAAGUUUUUUCUCUCCAUAUUUUCAUUUUAUUAUGUUUCUUUCUAAUGCCCUUCUUUCAGUGCAGAAAUUGCUGUUCUUUAACACUUGGAUAUCUUUCUCUUUUUUUAGGGUUUUUCUGUGUUCCUUUUUUACUCUUACUGUCUCAUAUGCACAGGCGCACACAUAAUUUAAUUAAAAGUGAAUUCUUAUGUGGGUACAGACAUCUUCACUAACAGACAUCAACAGAUCUACAGCAUUGCAGCUUCAAAAUAUGUCAUUCACAAAUUUUCAUAUAUAAAACAUAUCAACCUGAAUUAAAACAGUUUCUAGACACCUGGAUGGCUAGAAAAGGUUGUGGUACUAACCCUGAUACAAUAAACUCCUUGUUUAGAGACAAUUAUUAUUGUUAGUCUGUUCAUUGAUAUUUUUGUGAAGGGUUCUCAGCUAGCCUUUUAUGUUGAGGCAAAGCACAAUAUUAUCUAUACAUAAAAAUUAACUUUAUGACUAUUACUAAAUUACAGAAAUAUUAAUGUAUACUUUUUGUGACUGGUCAAUGAAACCCCCAAUAAGUUUAUUUGGGGGUAUGAAAAUAUCCGACAAUUUUUACUGGAAGUUGGUAGUUUCUGUUUGGAAAUACUUUUAUGAUUGCUGUAUAAGUAGUUUAGUUUCAUAAAUAUGUCUUGCAACACACUUUCAUCUAAAGUUGAUAUUCUAAGAGUAUGACAUCAGCACAGGAACAUGAUAGUGGUCACAUGCUUCCAGCUGAUCAUUUUGAUCAGUAUCUUUCAUUAUCUGAGUAGAUCACGGGUGUAGGAGAUAAAGUGCGUGGUUAUUCAUGUGACGCAUUCCUCCUGGAAAGCUCAGCAAUUUCUUCAGCUCUUUGUGCGGGUUUUAGUUAUUUUGUCAGCACAUUUAAUGACAAGUGGCAAUAUCAUAAGGCUGGAAGUUAUGUCUGAGUUUGACAAUGUACAGGAAGAUUGGGAUUUUGUAAAUGACAAUGUACCAGAAUGCUUGGUACAGGUGUCCAAUCCCAAGACAGUGAGCUUCAUGAAUGAGGGACAAUUUGUAACUUAUGAAAUAGCAUUUGAGACAUGUGACACUGCAUUUCGUGUCAAGAAAAGCAGGGUACGACGAAGAUAUUCUGAUUUUAUUUGGCUUCGAAACCAUCUGAAGGAAGUAGAUAAAUGGAGAUCACCACCUUCUCUUCCACCAAAAAAUUAUUUUUUGACGCAUCCAAGUGAAGAAUUUAUAGAGCGCCGAUCCACCGGGCUUCAGAAAUGGAUUGUUGAAGUGGUCUCUCACCCGAUGUACCUUUCAAGCAUGGCGCUGCAUCUCUUCCUGCAAACCGAACUUCCGUUGGCAAAGAUUGAGGAAUAUCUUUCAGGAAAGAUGAGUGAAGAGGAGCUGACGAGUAUUUGGGGGAAUGAGGGCAGGUUGUAUGACUUCCAGCCACAUAACAUUUUGCAUGCAUAUGAGCCAUCAGCACCAUGUGAAAUCAGUUUCUCGCCAGAUGAGCUGGGUGACAUUCAUCCCCCUUCUGAGCCUGUAAAAAUGUCACAGACUGGUAUCAUGCAAAUUAGCCUCGAGUCCCCUAGCUCUAGCUAUGAGGAAAUGGGUGAACAGGGUCGUGGUCUGAUCCGUCCGUGUGCAGUCACACCUGAUUCUGGAUUCUUGUGUGAGGAAGAUAACAUUAUAGUUGUUACACAAGAGACAAAUAGUUCAGCACUGAAAACACAUGAGGAUGAUGACAUUCUUUUAUCCCAGAGCACCUGCAGCAUCAAUGGAGACAGUUCUGAUUCACAGGUGUUAAAAUAACAAGGAAAACAGUAAGCUGCAAGUACGGAAUAUUGUUUUUCUUUUUUAAUACUUUUAUAAUGAGGAAAAUGGGCUGGAAAUGACAAGUUACUAGCACAGAAGGAGAAGAUGAAUAAAGGAACCUGUUCAUGCGUUUGUGAAGUCAUUUAUCAGGAUUGAUUUCAUCAUCUCAUUUGUACAUAUACUUAACUCGUGUGUUGCCCUACAACUUGUGGACCAGGAGAUGUAUGAAACAAUCUUAAAAACUGUAUCCAUAAAAUGUGUGCACAAUAUUUCUGUCUUAUGAUGAUAAAGAAGAUUACUCAUUUGUUUUUUUAGCCAAGUAUUUGCUUUUGGAAUGCCUUUCAAUUAAAACAUUUACAAGAAGUGUUUAAUUCAUUAGAGAUUGGGGCUUAUGAAAAAUAAAUUAAAAGGACUUAAUCUGCAGUUUAAAUACAUCUGUUCACAGAUAAGAACUAGAAUCAAACCAGUAAGAAUGGUGUCCCACAAAAACUUUGAUAGCUUCAACCACAAUUAAGGCACUGAAGUAUUUUAAAGCAUGUUUCAUCCUAUUGCUGUUUGUGGCAUCUUCUAGCUAAGUACUGGAUGACUUUCCAGGUAGCUGAAUCUUUGUAUGCUAGGAGAGGUGUUCUUUAACCGCAGUGCAACAUGCAUUUUAGGAAUGUUAUUCAUCUUUCAUCUGAGAUGCAGUUACUGUCCUGCUUUCAAUCAAUGCUAGUCAUAGGUGCACAAGUUGGUUUGCAUUUGUGUAUAUGCACAUGCACUAGGCAAAAUAGAGAUUGAGACUUUUGCCAUUUUGAUCAAAUAUAAUUGUUUAAAAAUAUCCAUUUUAACUGUUUUCUAUAAUCUGAGGUUGAACACUGUGCAGACAGAUUGUGAGAGAAAUAAAAAGUUUAGGGUCUUUGUGGCUUUACUAAAGGAGGAGGUAUGGUGUUAGAUGAGCUGCAAUUCUUCAUUGGGACACAUUUAUCAUCCUUGCCACUAAAGCUAAAAUGCUAGCAAAACAAUUGUUAUGAUACUCUGUCAAUAAGAGAUCAAAGUUUUUAGGAUUGCUGCAAUCAUUAGCUGAUACUUCAUAAUACUUUGUUUUUGACUUUUUUAGUUUUGACAUAGGGAUUUUUUUCUACUUUUCUUCUUAUGCUUUUGGUAAAUAACACCAAAAAGAUGCAUUAAGAUUUACCAGUAAUAUGAUGAGCAUAUGCUUAAUGUGUCUAUUUGCAAGCAAAGCUCUUAAUUUAAAAACUUCAAAAUGAAAUCCUGUGAUGCAAAAAAUAUUGAUAAUUGACACGCUGUAUUGUCAAGAAAUAAUACACAAAUGAAAGUUCCGGUGCAGAAUGCUUGAAUAAAGGUUAGCAAAUUGCUCAUGCUCAAAAUAAAAACAGGGUAAAUGUUGUAUAUCCCUUUCAUGUAAAUUUUAUAUAUGGACUUACCACUUUCCACCUUGUACAUUUGUAUGUAUGGAUUUGUUCAUUUGGUCAUUUCUGGUAUCAGAAGAUAAUGGAAAAAUACUUAGUGCUAAAUGUUGGGGUAUAUACCAGCUUGCUGGAAUGUAGAACAGCAGGGCUGUGGGAUAUGGUGGUGUAGGUCAGAAUAGGGUAGGUGAGGUGGCAUCUUCAGGGAUUAUAUGCAGAGGUGAGAGUGUGGGAGGUCAGAUAACAUUUUCAGCAUGAUAAUGUAGAGGUUACUGUUGAUCCUUUCUGCUGCUAGUUGAGAUUGAUCAGAAAAGUUUGUGUGUGUAAAUAAGCUCAGGGACUUUCGUACUUGUUUAUUUGUUGUUCCAAGGCUUUGUCAGCGUGGCUCAUGUACAGAUGGAUGAUGGAUUCCCUGUGAGAAACAGCGCUUUUCAAAACAUCUAAAUGCAUGUAAAGCUAGCAAGCGCCAUAGCAUUGUGUUGUUUCUGCAACAGAUGAAUUUCAGGUGACAGCAAAUGAGAUCAAAACCCAUCUUUCUUGAAUUCAAUUGAACUUGAGAUCUGUGUUGUUGUUGUUGUUGUGUGUGAGCAAGUAUUGGAGAUUGGAUUGAAAGAGAUGCAUUCAUGGGCCAGAAAUAAAUCUUUCUUUUUUUUUUUCAUCCUACAUUUGUUUGUUCCUUUCCUUCUUGUUUCCUCACAUACAGCUGUUCAGUUGGCUGUAAAGCUGCUUGUUAUCCAGCUGUAUCUUGAUCUAUGUUAGGUUAUUUUUUUUUGUGCUUAGUGACCUGUUACAGUAUAUGAUAGGAUUAUUGGUGAAAAGGUGAUGUUUUUUCUGAUUUGAUGUUUUAAGUAGCACUGUUCUUACCCAUAAAAUGUUAAAACAAAUUAUGGAACUUUAAAAUGAUAACAUGCUUAAGUAUAAAAAGAUCUUAUUGUCUUGACUACAUGGUUGGGCUAUUUACUCACAGUAAAGAUCAAACAAAGGAAAAGUUGGUUUUGCUAUGUAUAAAUUCUAAAUUCUU